AGGACCCGGAUGUGCCGCUGUUUCGCCGUUCCGGCUCACUCCACUUCUCCCAGCGCGCGCUGCGCCGUCAUGCAGGUCCCGGCGUGAUGGCUGCCGCCGCGGCGCGCUGGGGCGUGGCGUGGCGUGGCCCGGGGCCCUGCUCCGCGCCGCGGGGCCCCCUGGAGGCCCUGGAUGUGAGGGCGAGGGGCCGCCGGCGGGGCGCCCCCUGAGGGCGGGGCGUGGCGUGGCGGGGCGUGGCGCGGCGCGGCGGGGCUCCCCACGGGGGGCCCGAGCAUGCUGCGCGUCUCGCGGCGCGUCCUGACGGGCCUCAUCCUCCUCGUCGCGGUGGUGGCGGCCGCGGCCGCGGCCGACUGCCCGCAGUACUGCGAGUGCAAGUGGAAGGGCGGCAAGGAGUCCGCCAUCUGCAGGGGCGCCAACUUCAAGACGCUGCCCAAGGGCUUGGACGCCGGCACCCAGCUGCUGGACCUGACGGGCAACGCCAUCGCCGUCCUGGCCAAGGACGUCUUCUCGUCGGCGGGCCUGGUGAACCUCCAGAAGGUGUACCUGGCGCGGUGCCACCUCGCGUCCAUCGACAGGCUCGCCUUCAGGCUCCUCAUCAACCUGGUGGAGCUGGACCUCAGCUACAACGAGCUGCAGGCCGUACCGUCGGCCGCCUUUGAGAGCAUUUCGGAGCUGAGAGAGCUGCGGCUCAGCGGCAACCCUAUCUUGCGCCUGGAGGGCAAGGCCUUCUUCAAGGUGCCGGAGCUAGUGCGACUGGAGAUGUCGGACUGCAGGAUCUCCUCGAUCGAGAUCCGCGCCUUUGCCGGGCUGGAGAAGAAGCUGGAGUGGCUCAAGCUGGAUCACAACCGGCUGAGCAGUGUGCGCCCGGACGCCUUCUCCGCCAUGGAGAGCCUGCACGGGCUGGAGCUGGACGGCAACCCCUGGAACUGCACCUGCUCGCUCAGGCCCUUCAGGAGCUGGAUGGUGCGCAAGAACGUCCCGUCGAGCGUGCCGCCCGUGUGCGCGUCGCCGGGGAGGCUGCGGGGACGCGCCUGGGACCGGCUCGACCUGGACGACUUCGCGUGCGGGCCGCGCGUCGAGGCGCUGCGGGGCGCGGCGCAGGCCGUGGAGGGCGACAACGUGACGCUGUCGUGCCGCGUGCAGGGCGCGCCCAGCCCCAGCGUGCGCUGGCUCUUCCGCAACCGGGUGGUGGCCAACGUGUCGGCGCCCUUCGCCUCCUCGAUGGCGUUCGGCGCGCGCAAGCUGCUGUACGUGCGGACGGUGGGCAACAGCAGCAACCUGACGAUCGUGGCCACGGACGCGCAGGACGCGGGCGUGUACGUGUGCGUGGCCGACAACCGCGCCGGCAAGGUGGACGCGAGCGUGACGCUGUCGGUGAGCAGGAGGACGGGGCCGGCCGACGGCCCGCCGCUCUCGGGCAAGGUGGUGGCGGCCAGCGUCCUGGUGGCGCUGCUGUUUGUCAUGACCACGUGCCUGGUGGCGCUCUGCCUGUGGAGCCUGCGCAAGCGCCACUCGCUCUGGGUGGAGCAGGCGCGGAGCGGCGCGCGCCUCUCCAGGCUGCGGCACGACGACAACAACCACUACGAGAAGAUCGAGAUGAUGAACCACAAGCCGCAGGCCGAGCCGCAGCAGCAGAGGGUGGCCUCCACGGCCAUCGGGGCCACCGCCAACCACAGGCCGGCCCGGACGCCCGACGAGCAGGUGAUACCCGUUCACCGGCGCGGCGGUCGCAAGGGCAGGUACCGCGGCGUGCCCACCUGCGAGGACGACGAGGUCGGGUACGACGCCGAGGUGGAGAUGACGCCGUCCGUGAGCCACGCGGGCGGGGCGUGGACCUCGGACGACACCAUCAGCAGGCACUCGGACACCAGGACGGGCGCGGCCCCCUCCCACGAGCCCCGCGUCCCCGGGGCGCUGUCGGCCGACGGCGAGCAGCCCAAGCAGUCUGCCUCGCUGGCGGCGGCGGCCCCGGCGGCCCCGGCGGCCCCGCUGCGCAACGGCAUCGCCGCAGGCUCGUCCGCGCUGUCGCACCACGUGCUGCGGAAGCAGGUGCUCGGCGACAGCGGCGGCAGCCUCUACACGUCCCUCCUGGCGGACGACGACCUCCUCGGCGGCGACGACCGCUCCUUCCCCGACCUGCUGCAGCCCCAGACUGACUCGCUGCCGCCCAGCCUCGGGGGCAGCGUGGGCGGCGACCUCAGCGGGGGCGGAGCGGCGGGAGGCGGCGGCGGGGGUGGUACGCGCCUGUGGGGGACACUGCCCCGGCGGCCCCACCACCGCGGAGACCGCCAAAACCGUCGGGGAUCCGAGUCACCGUUGCUCACCGACUCAAGGUACGGGUCGUCGGGCGGCAGCACCAGCUCAGGGUUCGGGGCGGGCCUGGGGGCCGCGGCGGCGUACCCGCUGCACCACCAGAGGUCCUCGUCGUCGCUCAACCUGGCAGGCACCUCGCCGUUGGCGCCCAUGCCGCUGCAGCACGCGGCGCCGCGGGGGCCGGCGGCCGCGACCCGGAGGAACCCCAGCCUGCCCGGCUCGCCCAGCCGGGACCGCUUCGGCCUCGUCGAGACGCCCAUUCUGGCGGCGCUCAACAACACCCCGAACAAGAGGUACUCGCAAGGCCACGCCGUCUCACCCAGCUCCUACGACUACCACACGGCGCAGCUCGAGCGAUUCCUCGAGGAGUACCGCACCCUGCACUCGGAGCUGUCCAAGAUGAAGGAAACGUGCGACUCGCUCGCCGCCAACCCGAAGUCCAUCCUGAAGAAGAAGCAGCAGGCGGCCGCGGCGGCGGGCGCGGGCGCGCAGCAGGCCACGCUCAGCCCCGAGCACCCGUACUGGGUGCCGCGGGCGGAGCUCACCACCCUGGCGCGGCGCUACAGCGGCGGGGACUUCUUCCCCAGCUGAGCGGGGGCCCCGUUUGGGGUGGGCGCGGUGUGUGAUGUGGCUCAAACGGAACCUGAUUGAAGGAGAGUAGAUUGCGGUUUAGAAUUGUAAUAAACAAGUUUAGGGUGAGCGGUGGGCUGGCCACCAGAGUAGCUGGCCAGUGUGAGCGUUAGAGGUAAAGGUGGAACGAGCUGUUUUUAUUUUUGUUAAGCUGCUACUAUUUUGUUUUCGCAUCUCAAAAUGUGCGAAAAACAGACAAAACUCUGUGUAUACAAUAUUGCGUCAGAGGACCCUCCCUUUUAGAAAAAUAUGGCAAAUCCUCGGUUGAAAAAGAGCGGGAAAAUGCGGGAAAAUGGGGCGCAGGAAAGGGAAUAUAUUUAUGGACAAAUGUUGUUUUUUUCAUGGGGUCGCGCUCCGGGCCAGCCUCGGCCUGUCCAGCCGCCACGCGGCGCGGCGCCACCCUGCGACACCGUGUGCCAAUCCAGUUAAUUACUUCCUCCACCGCGCCAUGAUGGCUGCUCUAUUGAUGGAGUGUCCAGUCGCACAGCCCGGUACGGACGGCCGGGGUCCAGCAGGCGAUCAGGUGUGAGCGACAGCCUGUAAAAUGGAUGAUGUUGGUUCGAGAGCGCGCGGGGCGGCGAAGAAUCCGCCGUGGUAGUGUGUGUGUGUGAGAGAGAGAGAGAGAGAGAGAGAGAGAGAGAGAGAGUGAGUGAGUUUUCAAGGGGUGCCUUAGACGUGAAUCUGUCGAUCCCUGUAUAACGGCCAGAGCAAUUGCAGUGUUUCGGUUUGCUGAGUUUACGGCUAAAAGUUCGGCUAGAAGUUUGUAGUUUGCCUACCUCCCCCCCCCUCCUCGAAGAUGGAAAUUGUUAGCCCCUAUUUUCAAUUGUGCCGCCUUCAAGUUUCAAAUUGAUUACCGCGACACUUCGUUCAAUGACUGAUUAUGUUACAGAGACAGCUCGUUUAUCUUUCUUUUUGUUCCUAUAUAGCAAAGUUGUUACCAUUAUAUUUAUAUUUAAGUAAAAGUUGUGUACAUAUCAUGUAAAUAAAACAUGUGCAUAUUUUAUGUGCAGGUAUACAUUUGUUAUUUGUCCUAUUUAAGUUUUGUUUUACUAAAAUAAAGACGAGAGAGGCUGUUUCUUA